AUGUACGAGAUCACGGCCGACCUCUUGAUUUACUACCAGAAUGUCCUCGCGAUAAUGACGCACAAGGCGAAAAAAGACGUCAAGCAGGCAUGGGCGCAAAACAAACCGAGCACCGUGAUGUUGAUCCUCGACGCCGCGGCCGCGCAUACCGCUUACUCGCGGAAGAUCGACAUCACUGCUGCUCGCAAACUCAACCCUUUCGGCUCGUCGAACGGUCAGCCCUUCUUCGGAGGCGUCAACAAGUUUGAUGAGUCGGACAAAUGGAGAAAGGCAGAUGAGAAGAAAAGGGCGGAGGAGGCGAGAAGAGCAGAGGAAGCGCGAAGGGAGGCCGAGAGGCAGGCCGAGAGGCAGGCCGAGGCGGAGAGACAGAGGGUAGAGAAAGAGAAAAGGGAAAAUGAGAUGGUACUGCAGCGGUUGGGCAUAACGGCGGAGGAUGUGGAGGUGGUGCGCAGGGUCAAGGCUGAGAAGGCCCAAAAGCCGGAGCGUUCUCAGCAGGGGCAGGGACAGGCGAACCGGCAGGGAGCGGCGGAAGGGAGACAGCACGGUCAGUCAGGCAGCAACACAGUCACCGGAGCGCGAUCAGCACCCCCCGCGCCUCACGUCGAGCCCAACCCGGUCCCUAUCCAGCCCGCACAGGCCCAGGCCGCCGUCAUCGCCCCUCCUUCGGCACCUGUCCUCCCGCAAUCAGCUCCCCCUCAAGCUCAAGCAGGGCCAUCAGCGCCUCAAAUGCCUCCAGCAGCCUUCCCAGCGUCAGCACCAGCGUCGGUCCCCGCUCGACGUCCCCACUGGCCGGCCGGAUUCGCUCGCUUCGGCUCCGUCGGCGCGGCCUCAUUCCCAUCGGCGUCAUCGGCGCAAGCGGCCGGACAGCAGGGCGACGGGAGCGGCGUGAAGCGAGAGAGGGACGAGGAGGGAGAGGGCAAUGAGGGAUCAGUAAAGCGGUCGAGGGGGGUGGUGAAGGCGGAGAAUAUCGACGAGGAGAUUGUCGAGGUCGACAAGGAUGGCAAGGCACUGGAGAAGCCAAGGGAGACGUGA